CAUGAUGACACCACGUGACACACACCACGCAGGAAGGACGUUCUACUAACUGCACACACGCCACAACCAACAUGGCCGUCGCCCCUUCACCUGUGGGUCAUGUGCAGCGUCUCGUCUAGCCAUGGCACUCUGACGCUCUAUCACCGCCGGGCGGAGGACUGAGCAGCGCAGCCUGUGUGUGUACAACGCGCCCGCAGCAGUGUCUGACUGGUGCGAUGGCGGCGGUGCCGGAGCUGCGGGUGUCGGUUAAAUCAGGAGUUGCUGGAGGUGGCAGCGAGCCGGAGCCCAUGGAAGUGGAACUGGAAGUAGAAGAGGGGGAAGUAGAGGCCGCGGCCGGCAAGAAGUCUCCCCUUGAGGUGGUUUCGGGCAGCUCCAGGCGAUAUGAAAAUAAAGCUGGCUCCUUUAUUACUGGAAUAGAUGUCAAUUCCAAGGAAGCUAUUGAGAAAAAGGAGCAGAGGGCAAAGCGUUUCCAUUUCCGCGCAGAAGUUGGUGAAGACCGAAGAAAUGUUGUAUUGGAUCUAGAGAUGAUGAGGAAAGUAACCCCCAAACUCCGGCUGGAGACCAUUCAUGUAAUUGGUGUGGAUGACAUGAGCACAGAGGAUAUCUUUGGCUUCUUCAAACCCUACCCUCCUGGUUUCAUUGAGUGGCUGGAUGAUAGCUCUUGCAAUGUAGUGUGGCUUGAUGAAGUAACCGCAGCUCGGGCCUUGAUAAAUAUGAGCUCUAUGCCAUCGGAAGUGAAGGACAAAGCACGUGGAGAGAGCAAUUCUGCAAAGUCCAAAACCGAUAGAUACAAUGAUAGCUCUGGGGAUGAGACAGAAGAAGGAGAAGUGGAUGAAGAUAAUCCUAGUGAUGCUGAAAAAGAGCCUGCGAAGAAGGUCGUGAGCACGAUGGACACAUUCUCUCAGGCAGAGCAAGACUCUCUAAUGCAGAAUGAUCUUCGAUCCUCUGUGAAACUGGUCAAAGGAAACAAACUGUACAUGAGGUUUGCCACUGAAGAUGACAAGAAAGAGCUAGGAGCCGCACAAAGAAGCCAAUAUUACAUGAAGUAUGGAAAUCCCAACUAUGGAGGCAUGAAAGGAAUCCUCAGCAACUCAUGGAAGAGGCGCUACCAUUCUCGCCGUGUCCAGAGGGAUGUGACAAAGAAGAGGACGUUUAUUGGAGAUGAUGCUCCUGCAUACCAGCACCUUCAUUCAGGCCUGGUGAAUGUUCCAGAGGAGCCUAUAGAGGAGGAGGAGGAGGAAGAAGAUAUGGAUGAGGAUGAUCGUGUUGUGGUAGAGUACAGAGAUGAGCUGCAAGCUUUUAAACGAGAACGUGAGGGGGCACGGCGGUCCGCAGCCAGCACGUCAGACUCUGAUGAGAUGGACUAUGACUUGGAGCUAAAGAUGAUCUCCACUCCCUCCCCGAAAAAGAGCAUGAAGAUGACAAUGUAUGCUGAUGAAGUGGAGUCGCAGCUGAAGACCAUCAGAAACUCAAUGAGGUCAGACUCUACAAGCAGUGUGAAAAAUCGUAUUGGGAGUAAAUCCCAUUCUGAGAAACCAGCUGAUGUCCGGCUGUUACUGGAGGAGAAGAGGCAGAGCACUGCGAGCAGACCUCCAGUGACUGGUGUAAAGUCAGACGUGCGGCAGAGGCUGGGGAAAAGGGCUCAUUCACCUGAACCGAGGAAGAUCGUAAGCAAUAUCUCCGUUCCUCGCAGAGAACCCGUUUCUGACGUGCACAGCCGACUUGGUUUGCCUAAACAAAUGGACGGAAAAGGACUAUACUCUGAUAGCAAGGAGAAGAAAACAGGAAGCUUAUGGAAUCGUUUGGGAACAGCACCAAAAGACAAAGCCAAACCUGUGGAGAAGAGAGAGAAGGCCAUUGUGACUCCGGAAGACGAGGACUCUGUGCUGCAGAAAGCCUGGGGAGACAUAAUCAAAGAGAAGGAACAGAUCCGGCAAAAGAAAAGCCGCCUGGACAACCUACCUUCCUUACAGAUUGAAAUUAGUCGGGAGAGCAGUUCUGGCUCCGACACGGACUCCUGAUGACAACGAUUGACUUGCACAUUUUGGGACAUUGGCUUUCAGCAACUUGAAAAUGUGCCACCCCUGCCUUCCAGACAGCAAAUGUUUUAUGCCAACGUCAAGACACCAAUAGUUCCGUGUUCUCGACAAGCCUCUACAGAAUCUGUGUGUCAACUUACUGGUGGAUUAAACAAAGCGUAUUGGUUAAUAUGAAGUUUUUUUUUUUUUUUUUUUUUUUUUUCUGCUUUUUUUUGUAACUUCUGUAAAGUUACUGUGAAUAAGGAUAAACACAAGUUUGUUUUUAACUUAUCUUUUUAUACAGCUUUCUUUUUUAACCUUCUGGACAGAUAUCAAUAACGUGACGCCUAUGCUUGAUAUAUGUCCUCCGCACCUGUAGAGGGAGAGCUUUUAAAGUGACAAACGUUGUCGUCUGGAUUUACGGCAGUAUUUUGCUUGCUGUGUAGCGUGCUUAGACAAGGGGCUGUGGAUAGUCAUAGGGUGAUACCUGGAUUGUUGGGCACAAUGCAAUUAUUUAUUCCAUUGCUUGUAUACUGGAUUGCUAUGAGAGACUAUUGUAUGUGUGGUACGAUGGCCACAUGCGGCAUGUAAUGAAUAGGAUGUCACCGUUUUUCACUGAGAUCCAUAUAUCGAUCUUUAAUCUAUUUAAAUAUAGUAAUCGUGCACCACUGCAAUCUCUUAUAUAAACUAAGUCAGCCUUUCC